AUGUAUGUCUCUGAGUUUCCAGAGGAGUCAACUGCUAAACAUCUUUUUGAGUUGUUUGGAUGUAUCGGGAGUGUGGUUGAAGUCGCCAUUUCUCCAAGGAGAAACUCGUUCGGGAAGAGGUCCGGGUUUGCUCGUUUCGUAGAGGUAAGGGACGGGAGGCUUCUUGCGGUUCGCUUGGACAACAUCAUCAUUGCCGGUAAGAAACUUCAUGUCAAUCUCCCUAGAUAUUGUAGGGUUCAGCAGACGGGUGUGAGGAGGAUUGCAGAGUUUGUUAGAAGAGAUUGCGGUAGGACUCAGGUUAGGAAUGCAGGUGUGGGGUUUGGCAACACUAGAGUCGAUUCUUUUAGGAAUGACAAAUCUUAUGCUGAAGCAGUGAACAAUGAUUCCCCAGCAAGUGAGGUUAAUGGGGUUUCGAGCAACGCGUUACAUUUCAAUUCUUCUUCUGAGCGGAGAGAAAGGUUGGCCAAAGCCUAUGUUGGUAGAGUCUGCAUUCUAGGUUCUUCUUAUAACAUACACACCCAUUUCGAAUUGGAGGGGGUUUAUGCGGUGAAAGUGUCGCCUUUAGGGAGUAAUUUGUGUCUGUUAGAGGAAUUAAAGGAGGGUUACAUCAAAGAUUUGAUAGCAGAAGGGGAGAGUUGGUGGAAGUCUUGGUUUUUGGAGAUAGUCAAAUGGGAAGAACGAUUGGUGGAUGAAAGUAGGGAUGUUUGGAUUAGGAUUUUCGGGAUCCCGGUUCAUUCAUGGUCCGCUGAUUUCUUUGUAGCAGUGGCUAAUCUAUGGGGGAGGUUUAUUUCCUUAGACGAAACGACGGCGAAAGGUGAAACUUUUGAUGUGGCAAGGAUCUUGAUCAGUGUUCCAAUUGCUGUUAAGAUCCUCGAUGCUGUUAAUGUCGUGAUUGACGAAGUUUCCUUUAAGUUCAAUUUUGUUUCGGAAGAGGAUUGGGUCGUCGAUGACGAGGGAGAGGAUGAUUUGGGGGGUUCUGCAGACGCAGUGGACAGCAUUGAACAAUUUUCUUCGAAGCACUGUACUGAGACCAAAUCUAUGAAUAAUUCGGCUACCAUUAAUCGAUGGGCAGAAGGGCCAGUUUUAUCCGCUGCGGCUUGUGCUAAGGUAGGGAGUUGUGAGGUUAACAGCAGCCAGGUGAAAAAAAUGGGGAAAAGGAUUAAAUACAAGAAUGUGAAUGGGGUGGGAAAUACUAGUAGAAAAUAUAAGGGUGCUGGCAACAUUUUUAAAUCUACAUGCCGUAGCACAAUCAAGGAAAUCGGGAAGGCAAAGGGAGUCGAAUCUUUAAAUGUGAGGGAGGAUGGAGUUAAUAGUGGUAAAUCUUCGGUGUGUUAUGGGAAUCAAUUGGAGGAGUCGGAUAUUCGUAGGAAUAAUGGAAGGCAAUGGGAUUUUUUAAAUAGGGGUGUGGGGUAUAAAUUAUGGGAGGCAAUUGUCGAAUUGGGGGUGGUGGAUGAGGAGGGAAGGAGCAAGUUAAUUAGUAGGAUUGAAAGUCUGGAACAAAAGAGAGAGGUGGAAGGAGAAGAAAGGAAGGAGCUUAAAAAAGGUGGGAAAUGA